AUGAAGAAUAUCGCCCGGAUUAGUGUUAUGAUACUGACUUUGGUCUGCCUGUCACAGCAACGUCAUCUUGGAGGGAGAGAAAUGACAACACAGAACAACAGAUCGCCUGACAAUUUACGCAGAAACUCGAAACCAUCGAUAUCUCAGUCAUUACUGAAAAGAAAUGCUCCAAACAAAUCAUCAGAUCCAAACCGAUCAGCCAAUCAAAACGAUCGACAAAGUAGUUCGAAUCUCAGGUCAGCCAAUCAAGUUAUCCCUUCGCCUAGGAGAGUGCGCAUGAAUACACAGAGCCUACAGGGACAAAAAAGCAUUAGGGUUCGACAAAACAGCGGCAGACCAUUGGUUCAGAAUCCACAGCGAGGCUCACAUAUCAUAUCGCCUAGUGUUGCCAUUAAACGUAAUCAAGGGCGGCAACUCUCUCGGAGUAAUUCAGCAUCGAAUAGAAAUAACUUUGCACGAGUUGUCAGUAGCCGAAAUCAAAAUGUACGGAUAACCAGCGGACGAAACACACACAACGGAAUAGGGAUAAAUCGCGGUCAGACAGGAAACGGUCAGAAGAUAGCAAGGCAAGAACGACUACAACUUCCUGCUCAACAAAAUAGUCAGCUCGGCAGACAAAUACAAAUUCAACAGUUGCCAAGUAACCUUGUUACAACGGGAGUUGAAAGGGGACAAGGUUCCAUAAUUCGUGGACAUAACAACAUCGUCAGUACUGCAAGAGGAUCUAGUAUUAUUCGACCAAAUGGCAUGAUUCCAGGCCAGAACGGAGAGUUCAAACAAGGGGCGACAAAUCAAAUCAGAAUUCGAACGCAAACGGAUACAUCGAAGCUACCAUUUAACGAUUUUAAUAGAAAUAUUCCAAUUAUCAAGGAAAAUACAGAGAGGGGGAUGUGGAAGAGUGUUCCAAGCGGUACAAGAAGUGUUCCUUUGGAUCAACUGAAAAGUCAGUCUAGAAGUUUCCAAAACCAGCCACAGUCGACAUUAAUCCUAAACACACAACCACUUGUUUCACGAGGGCAAACAAAUAUGAACUUAGCUAAUUCCAAAAACAGGAUGAUAUCAAUUCAAACUGAUCCGAAUGUUAUGACUCCAAAUGGAGGAAAUAGUAUUCCCGGAAGUACCUCGGGAAUAGCUGUACCAAAUGUAGUACAGCCUACAGUAGUCCAGGGUCUCGGAUCAAACGGGAUGAUAGCACUGGAACUUAAUCUAGGCGCUACAACCACUAAAACGUCAACAAAUGUCAAUAGUAUCCAGUCAGGUCUGUCUGGUGCCAGUAGCGGAAGUACUGGAACUGCCACUUCCGGUUUGAAAUCUUCUUCCAAUUCUCCUGGAAACUUAAUAUCAACAAACAAUGUGUCACCACAGGUUUUACAGAUACAGAAGGUUCACUCUGGAGUCACUUCCGGCGGCAAGAAGAAAAUGAGUUUGACACUAUCGUCUGGUCAAUCAGGAACACAGCCAAUUGUCAUAGAAGCUCUUGGUAACAUCAUCCUCUCACAAGAAAAGCUUCCGGAUGGGCGUGUCCAAUUUGUAAUUAAAGCAGACCCGCCCACUUCCGGUACAACUGUUAAGUCAACCACCAAAACGACCACUCCAGUUCGGAGAACUGUAACCACGACAGCAACCACAGUAACAGAACUACCGACAACAACUACCGCCAUCCCUACAUCCACACCCACUCUGCCAACAAGCACUAUCUUUAUGGAGGAAACAGAAAUGCCUGAACCAGGAGAAUUUACAUACCCUCCUUCUGGUUUAGGAACUACAGAACCGAUGUAG